GAGGGUGGGUGACUGUGUGUGUGUGUGUGUGUGUGUGUGUGUGUGUGUGUGUGUGUGUGUGUGUGUGUGUGUGUGUGUGUGUGUGUGUGUGUGUGUGUGUGCACGUGAGUGAGUUUCAUACCACUGAAUGGGAUUCAAACCAUCCAGAUUGUGUAUUUUUAGCAGUCCAGUAUGACCCAGCGUGGAGCUGCUGUGGACUGGCGCCCCCUGCUCUGGGAAAGCUCUGCUCCUUACAGGAUUAAUAAAGAAACUGCCCAGGACACAGUGAUUUAAAGUGUUUAUCUACAGACGGGGAGAAAGGAGUUGACGACCUAAAAGAUCAGUCACCAGCGAUCUGGAGAGGCACAUGUCCUCAGCGCACACAAACAAUGCAUGAAACUGCCAAAACCAGAAAUAAGUAAAAGCUAACCUGACUAACCAAAUAUUCUAUCAGUCCCACUCCCUUGUACCCACUGAGAAGCUAAAUGUACAUAUAGAUUGACAGAUCUCUAUCCACAGAAGAAAGAGCUUACAGUUUUUAUAUUUUUACUUCAGAGAGUCCAGCUGCCUGUUCACCAUUUGGUUGCCUUAAAAACCACAGUCACAAAACCAGAAGAAACAGAGACAAGCCAGAAAAGACGGUGCCUUUCCAUUGGUCGGAUGGUUUCCCUCCAUUUCAAGAGUCAGAAGUGUGGUUGGAUGUAAACUGUGGAAGUCAGAUCUGGGGCCAAGACGUGCCCGCUGACACUUCACACACCUGUUCUCUGGUCUACCUGUGGCCUCUUUUUCUUGACUGUUUUCAUGCUGGAUUGAUAUCUGCCAAGAAUUUCCAUGGUUAUCACGUCAUCGUCCGUGGAAGACAAGACUGUGCCCUCCAGCAGGAUGGUCCAGUCCGAACCGUGGAUCACCUCAGCCCUGCUUCGCAAGAAUAAGAGUGUAAGCAGCUCAGGAUGUCCGCCCACCACCACCUCCUCCUCCUCCUCCUCCUCCUCCUCCUCCUCCUCUACUGCCCAGGGCUUCUCCCUCGCUGAGCCAACCAUGACCAGCCAGCACACACAUACACACCCCUCUUUCAGCUCCAUCCACUCCAUGGCCGAGCAGCAGCAGGUGCUGUCUGAUAUGACCAUACUCCAGCGGAGGAUCCCCCCCAGUUUCAGAGACCCUGCCAGUGCCCCUUUGAGGAAACUCUCCGUUGACCUCAUCAAAACUUACAAGCACAUCAAUGAGGUGUACUACACGAAGAAGAAGAGGCGGGCUCAGCAGGUCCCCCCUGAGGACAGCAGCACCAAGAAGGAGCGCAAAAUCUACAACGACGGCUUUGAUGACGAUAACUAUGAUUACAUUGUGAAAAACGGAGAGAAGUGGCUGGACCGCUAUGAGAUCGACUCUCUGAUUGGAAAGGGCUCGUUUGGACAGGUGGUGAAGGCCUACGACCAUCAUGAGCAGGAAUGGGUGGCCAUUAAGAUCAUCAAGAACAAAAAGGCCUUUCUGAACCAGGCGCAGAUCGAGCUGCGCCUGCUGGAGCUCAUGAACAAGCAUGACACUGAGAUGAAAUAUUAUAUUGUCCACCUGAAGCGUCACUUUAUGUUUAGGAACCAUCUGUGUUUGGUGUUUGAGUUGUUGAGCUACAACCUGUAUGAUCUUCUGCGAAACACCAACUUCCGAGGAGUGUCCCUCAACCUCACCAGGAAAUUUGCACAGCAGCUUUGUACAGCGUUAUUGUUCCUGGCAACUCCUGAGCUGUCAAUCAUCCACUGCGACCUCAAACCGGAGAACAUCCUGCUGUGUAACCCCAAGAGAUCCGCUAUCAAGAUCGUGGACUUCGGCUCCUCCUGCCAGCUGGGCCAGAGGAUCUACCAGUACAUCCAGAGCAGGUUCUACCGCUCUCCGGAGGUUCUGCUGGGGAUGCCGUAUGACCUGGCCAUCGACAUGUGGUCGCUGGGCUGCAUCCUGGUGGAAAUGCACACGGGGGAGCCUCUGUUCAGCGGCUCCAACGAGGUUGACCAGAUGAAUAAGAUCGUGGAGGUCCUGGGGGUCCCUCCCAGCCACAUGCUGGACGCCGCUCCCAAAGCCAGGAAGUACUUUGACAAACUGUCAGACGGCCUGUGGACGGUGAAGAAGAACAAGGACGUGAAGAAGGAGUACAAGCCUCCGGCCACACGGCGUCUGCACGAGACUGGGGUGGAGACGGGGGGCCCGGGGGGCCGCCGGGCCGGAGAGCCGGGUCACGCUCCCUGCGACUACCUGAAGUUCAAAGACCUGAUCCUGCGCAUGCUGGACUACGACCCGAAAAGCCGCAUCACGCCGUUCUACGCCCUGCAGCACAACUUCUUCAAGAAGACCACCGACGAAGGAACCAACACCAGUUCCUCCACCUCCACCUCUCCUGCCAUGGACCACUCCCACUCCACCUCCACCACCAGCUCCGUUUCCAGCUCCGGUGGCUCCAGUGGUUCUUCCAAUGACAACCGCAACUACCGCUACAGUAACCGCUACUACAACUCUGCUGUUACACAUUCAGACUAUGAGAUGACCAGCCCUCAGGCUCCCUCCCAGCAGCAGAUGCGGAUGUGGCCUGGCAGUGAAGGUGGAGGGGGUCAGGACCCAGCAUACACCCAGUUGCUGCUCCACAAGCCAGCUGCCUCCCAGCAACACCAGCGCCACUUCUUGGACCCCCCCCACCACCCCCACCCCACCUACUCGCACCACGGGAACGGGGGCCGCGGCCUGCGUCAGGGUGGACAGACGGGUCUGGGCGGAGGGGGGGGGCAGCAGGGAUCCUCCCCCCAGAUGAGUGACAGCAUGGAUGUGGGCGUGUCCCUGGGGCUGCACCACCUGGGGGCCGUGUCUUCCAUGGAGGCCUCUCAGUUCGGCUCGGCGUCCCUCCCCCUUGCCCUGCCCGUCGGAUUGUCCGCCUUCCGGACUCGGACGGCCCCCAGCGCCCCGGGGCCACAGGCCCCGCCCCCUGAGGACUACUACCCCGCCUCCAACAACAAUAACCCCGCCGCCGGGGGCAGAGGGAGGCCGGACUCAGACGAGGGACCGGCCAACUCUUGAUAAAACCUGAACCAUGCCCUAAAGCCAUACGAUUUUAACUACAACUACUACAACUACACAUCCAACCAGAGUCCAGAGACCCAGGUGAACUUUGUGCUGCAGGAGACAGUUUGUACUGCAUGAGAGGAGGGGGGGGCGGGGUGGGGUGGAGCGUGGGGCACGCUCCUCCACCCCGCUUAAGGUGGGGGCUUUGUUACGACUGUAAAGAAUGACUGAGAUCAGUUUGAUUUUUCUUAAUGUUGUUGAUGAUUAUGAUUUGAUUUUUCUGGGUUUGAGGAGUGUGGUAUAUGUGAUGUUCAGACAUGAGGAGAUGGAGGAGGUGGAGGAUGAGGAUGAAGAGGAGGGCAGGAAUAAAUGGGAAAGAUACAGAGGUGUGACAGAUGUGACAGUGAUUCUCUUCAUUGAGUUUUCACUGUGAGUGAUACUGGAGGAGGGUGGAGGAGGGUGAAUGGAUGUGAUUACAGUGAGGUUUUGUUUAACUCUUCAUCUGGAUCUCCUCCGCCUCCUGUUUCUCCUGCAGACAGCUCUUCUCCUCCACCUCCUCCUCUUCUCCUCCUCCUCCUCCUCCUCCUCCUCUUCUCCUCUCCUCCUCCUCCUCCUCCCCUCCUCCUCCUGUU